UUUCCUUUUCAGUGUAAAUUAUAUUUCUUAGAGCCUUUAUUUUUUACUAAAUAACCCAAAGAAAAACAGCCAAAAUCCAACGUCAAAAACGAUUAUGUAUCCUUUAACAUUAUGUCCAAAAUAUUUAAAAAUCAUAUAAAGGAUAAGGAUAGGAAGACUCCCAAUAAGGGGACUACAAAUAAAGCGAAACCCAAUGAGGAGAAUCUCAAUAAGGACAAUCCGAAUGAGAAGAAUCCCAGUGAAGAGCCUUGCAAUGAGAAUCCUCCGAAUGGGAAGACUUCUAAUGAGGAUACGACGAAAAGUAACCCGGAGGAAACAAAUACCAGCGAUUUUGAAAACUCCGAAGUGACAGAAGACACGGAAAACAAUGACCUCUACAAACUGCCCUUUGAAACACCCUUUCCGCUGGAAAAGCCUUUUGAUCUGCGAGUGGGCAACUUUGACAGUGUUCUGGAUAAAUUACGCACCAGCGCAACGGGAAUAGGUCAUCCGAAAAUAGCAUUCAAAGAACUGGCCAAAAAAGUGGAUCCCGAUGAAAUCAUUGCUCAUGCAUUGGACAAACUCUGGGCUAAAGCCACAGGUCCGCUGCGUAAGUCAUCCGGCGAUGCGUUGCUGACAAUGUUUCGGAAAAACCUAAGACCUGGCUUGAUUGUGGUGGUGGAGGACAAGCAGUUCCGCUGCCACGCCAUGGUGCUGCAAGUGCUCUCGAGCUUCUUCCGGCAACCGGAAUUGGCGCCUUCGCAAAUCUUCCAGCUGCCCAGCUCGAUGGUCUCCGCCCGGGCCUUUGUGGCCAUGUAUCGUUGGGGUCUGGAGACAGCCGACACCAUGUCCUCCACUCUGCUGAUGCAGGUCUUAAGGGCUGCGACGUUCUUCGAUUGCCAGGAACUCAUUGGCAACUGCUGGACGGGAAUCAGUGAGGGCACUCGUACUCCGGACCGGGCAUUGUGCACAUAUCUGCAAGGCAAUUUGAUGGGAAUGCGCCUGGAGGAGAAUCUGCUGGAGCGAUUGAGCAGUAUCUUUUUGCAGUUCGCCGCCAGCAAGGAGUACUUGUAUCUGGAAGCUGACACGGUGCAGAGAUUACUGGGAUUAUCUUCGCUGGCGGUGAAUUCGGAAAUGGAGGUUUUUCUAGCCGCCAUUUAUUGGCUGCAUCACAAGUGGCCACAACGCAUCAAAUUUUCAUAUAAGAUGAUGGAUGCCAUUCGCUUUGACUGUCUGCCUUACACGUUUUUAAUGUGUCUUCUAAAGAAAAUGGAUAGCGGGCCGCCAGUGCUGAAAAUGUUGUCCCGCACUCCGUUUGUGGGCGGGGUUCGAGAAAGAAGUUACAGGGACGAGGCGGAGAUACUGAUCGCAUUUGGAUCUACGAUCGCCGGGCUCUGCAUCAUCAUACGCUUAAAUGUAACCGUGUCCAGUUCCUGGGCUAUGACACCUUUGUGCGUUACCUGGAAUUUCUACAGACUGCCGGAAGUAAUCACUGGCUGUCCUUUCGCACCAUCGAUGAUCCGGAAAUCAGAUGUUGCCCCCUGCAUCUACGCUACUAAUCAACUAGGCAAGGUGUCCUGUACGAUCUGCUGCACCCGGAGGAGGACAGCACGCCCUGGUGCCUCACCAUUCACUUCUCCAAGUUCCCCGAGGACACGCUCGUCAAGCUCAACUCCAAGGAGCUGCUGGAAUCGCACUACAUGUCCUGCCUGAAGGAGGCGGAUGUGCUGAAGCAUCGCGGCCUGGUCAUAUCCGCAAUGCAGAAGAAGGACCACAAUCAACUGUGGCUGGGGCUGGUCAACGACAAGUUCGACCAGUUCUGGGCCGUCAAUCGGCGGCUAAUGGAACCGU